CUCUCUCUCUCUCUCUCUCUUUCUCUCUCGCUCGCUCGCGCGCCUGACUCACUCCGCCUCACUGCGGCCCCAUUUUUGACGCGCGUGACGUCGCUUCCUUCCAACAUGGCGCAGGCAGCUCGCUGAUGGAAAACUGAGGGAUUUCCGUGUACAUUUUCACCCGUCUCUCUGCGUUGCCCUAUGCCCGUACGCUCGGGCCGCGUACAUCGGGCUUUCGGAGAAGAGCGCUACAUCCGGACCGACGUCGCGCAGCCCUCGGCUCGGGCGGGACACCGCUAUUUACUCGCCCCCCACCCCCCUUCCUGACGGUUCCAGCGCGUCAUGUAUGAAGGGAAAAAGACGAAAAACAUGUUUCUGACUCGAGCUCUGGAGAAGAUCCUGGCGGAUAAGGAGGUGAAGAAGGCGCACCACUCUCAGCUGCGCAAAGCCUGCGAGGUGGCGCUCGAGGAAAUCAAAGAGGAGACAGAAAAAUUGAGCCCGCCCCCAGGAGACAACAAAGCCGGCUCCAGUACCUUGCCGCCCGUCAAAUCAAAAGCCAACUUUAUUGAAGCAGAUAAGUACUUUCUGCCAUUUGAGUUGGCCUGCCAGUCCAAAUGUCCCCGCAUCGUCAGCACGUCCCUAGACUGUUUACAGAAACUGAUCGCCUAUGGCCACCUGACCGGGAGUGCCCCGGACAGCACAGCGCCCGGGAAGAAGCUCAUCGACCGGAUCAUAGAAACAAUAUGCGGUUGCUUCCAGGGCCCGCAGACCGACGAGGGCGUGCAGCUUCAGAUCAUUAAGGCCCUGUUGACCGCUGUGACCUCACAGCACAUUGAAAUCCAUGAAGGCACAGUGCUGCAGGCGGUGAGGACAUGCUACAACAUCUACUUGGCCAGCAAAAACCUCAUCAACCAGACGACGGCCAAGGCUACGCUCACUCAGAUGCUCAACGUCAUCUUCGCUCGCAUGGAGAACCAGGCGCUUACAAAUCACAAGAUAAGUUGGUCUUUGGCCUCCAGAAAGCGAGAGCGACAGCUCCAGGAGGCCAAACAGAUGGAGAAAGAGCGACACAGGCAGCAGCACCUGCAGCAGUCCCCCGCCAGCCAUCAUGAGCCCGACUCCCCCCGCCUCCGGCAGCACAGAGACCUGCCGGCGGCCAAGCGGCUACCGCCCGAGGCCGACGGGCACCUGGAGCCUUCGUACACUGACAAGCCCGCCCAUGAGGACCCGGAGCCUGAGAACGGGGGACACUUCUGUGGCGUGGAGAACGAGCAGACAGAGGCUGAUCAGGCCACCGCUGCAGCAGAGAGUAUGUCGAAGCAAGACGCAGACGGCAUGGAUGAAGAUGACACGCCGAACUACGAGGAGAAGGCCCAGGAGAUUGUGCAGAGCAUCUUGCAGGAAGUUGUCAAUACCGUUGCUGGCGACUCCCAGGAGACUGCGGGUGGAACGGAGAGUGCAGAGGGCACGCCCACCUCCCUGGAGGACGAGGCAGGGGUGGGCAGCGACAACGAGAACGUCCAUGCCAACGGCAUCCCUGGAACCCCCAUCUCCGCCAGCUUUACUCCGUCCCUGCCUGACGACAGGCUGUCCGUCUCUUCCAGUGACACUCAGGAAUCCGGAGUUGCCACAGGCCCCUCCCCAGGUGCUAAGUUCUCCCACAUCCUACAGAAAGACGCAUUCCUGGUGUUCCGCUCUCUCUGCAAACUCUCCAUGAAGCCUCUUUCCGAUGGGCCACCCGAUCCCAAGUCUCAUGAGCUCCGGUCGAAGGUCCUCUCUCUCCAGCUGCUCCUCUCCAUCCUACAGAAUGCAGGGCCCAUCUUCAAGACCAAUGAGAUGUUCAUCAAUGCCAUCAAGCAGUAUCUGUGUGUGGCACUGUCCAAAAAUGGUGUUUCCUCCGUCCCCGAGGUCUUCGAGCUCUCGCUUUCCAUCUUCCUAACCCUGCUGUCCAACUUCAAGACCCACCUGAAGAUGCAGAUUGAGGUCUUUUUCAAGGAGAUUUUCUUGUACAUUCUGGAGACGUCCACUAGCUCCUUUGACCACAAGUGGAUGGUCAUUCAGACGCUCACCAGAAUAUGCGCAGAUGCCCAGAGCGUAGUUGACAUUUACGUGAAUUAUGAUUGUGACUUAAAUGCUGCUAAUAUAUUUGAGAGGCUCGUGAACGACCUUUCCAAGAUCGCACAGGGCCGAGCUGGACAUGAGCUUGGCACGACUCCAGUCCAGGAGCUGAGCCUGAGGAAGAAGGGGCUGGAGUGCCUUGUGUCCAUCCUCAAAUGCAUGGUAGAGUGGAGCAAGGACCAGUACGUGAACCCCAAUUCGCAGACCAGCCUUGGCCAAGAGAAGCCUUCAGACCAGGAGUCCAAUGAGCCCAAGGCCCCAGAGACCAUCAACCGUUAUGGCAGCGUCAACUCCCUGGACUCGACGGCUUCCUCAGGGAUCGGCAGCUACAGUACGCAGACAUCCGGCACGGACAACCCUGAGCAGUUUGAGGUCCUCAAGCAGCAGAAGGAGAUCAUUGAGCAGGGCAUCGACCUAUUCAACAAGAAACCAAAGAGAGGCAUCCAGUACCUGCAGGAGCAAGGCAUGCUGGGUACCACCCCUGAGGACAUUGCCCAGUUUCUGCACCAGGAGGAAAGGCUAGACUCUACUCAGGUGGGCGAGUUCCUUGGGGACAACGACCGCUUUAACAAGGAGGUGAUGUACGCAUACGUGGACCAAAUGGACUUCCAGGGAAAAGAUUUCGUCUCGGCGCUCCGCAUGUUCCUCGAAGGUUUCCGUCUUCCCGGCGAAGCGCAGAAAAUCGACCGCCUCAUGGAGAAGUUUGCCGCUAGGUACCUGGAGUGUAACCAAGGGCAAACUUUGUUUGCUAGCGCGGACACGGCCUACGUCCUUGCCUACUCAAUUAUCAUGCUGACGACUGAUCUUCAUAGUCCACAGGUGAAGAACAAGAUGACAAAAGAGCAAUACAUAAAAAUGAACAGGGGGAUCAAUGACAGCAAAGAUCUGCCCGAGGAAUACCUUUCUGCAAUUUACGACGAAAUUGCCGGGAAGAAGAUUUCUAUGAAGGAGACAAAAGAAUUAACCAUCAAAUCCAAUAAGCAAAGCGUAGCCAGUGAAAAGCAGAGGCGGCUCCUGUACAAUGUGGAGAUGGAGCAGAUGGCUAAGACAGCCAAGGCCCUGAUGGAGGCAGUGAGCCAUGUGCAGGCACCCUUCACAAGUGCCACCCACCUGGAGCACGUCCGUCCCAUGUUUAAGUUGGCGUGGACGCCCUUCUUGGCAGCUUUCAGCGUGGGUCUUCAGGACUGUGACGACACUGAGGUCGCCUCCCUCUGCCUCGAGGGCAUCCGCUGCGCCAUUAGGAUAGCCUGCAUCUUCUCCAUCCAGCUGGAGCGUGACGCCUACGUACAGGCACUGGCUCGAUUCACGCUGUUGACUGCCAGCUCUGGCAUCACCGAGAUGAAACAGAAGAACAUUGACACCAUCAAGACCCUCAUCAUGGUGGCCCAAACUGACGGCAACUACCUGGGCAACUCCUGGCACGAGAUCCUCAAGUGUAUCAGUCAGCUGGAGUUGGCCCAGCUGAUCGGAACAGGAGUGAAGGCGCGUUACAUCUCAGGGACAGUGAGGGGCAAGGAGGGCCUCAUCACAGGCACCAAGGAGCAGACCUCGGACGAGUACCUGGGACUAGUAGGUACUACUGUGGACCGCAAGCAGAUAGCAAGUAUACAGGAGUCCAUCGGAGAGACCAGCUCGCAAAGUGUGGUGGUGGCUGUGGACCGGAUAUUCACGGGCUCUACCAGGUUGGAUGGCAAUGCAGUCGUGGACUUUGUCCGAUGGCUCUGCGCCGUAUCCAUGGACGAGCUGGCAUCCCCCACGCAUCCUCGCAUGUUCAGCCUGCAGAAAAUCGUGGAGAUCUCCUACUACAACAUGGGCCGCAUCCGGCUGCAGUGGUCCAGGAUAUGGGAGGUGAUAGGAGACCACUUCAACAAGGUUGGCUGCAAUACCAACGAGGAUGUGGCCAUUUUCGCUGUGGACUCCCUCAGGCAGCUCUCCAUGAAGUUCUUAGAGAAGGGAGAGUUGGCCAAUUUCAGAUUCCAAAAAGACUUCUUGAGGCCUUUUGAACAUAUCAUGAAGAAGAACCGGUCUCCCACGAUUCGGGACAUGGUGGUUAGGUGCAUCGCCCAGAUGGUGAACUCCCAGGCUGGAAACAUCCGGUCAGGGUGGAAGAACAUCUUCUCAGUGUUCCACCUUGCUGCCUCUGACCAGGAUGAGAGCAUUGUGGAGCUGGCUUUCCAGACCACAGGCCAUAUCGUCAUGAUUGUAUUUGAGAAGCACUUUCCGGCCACCAUUGACUCCUUCCAGGAUGCUGUGAAAUGUUUGUCGGAAUUUGCCUGCAAUGCCUCCUUCCCCGACACCAGCAUGGAGGCCAUCCGCCUGAUCCGUCACUGCGCCAAAUACGUGUCCGAUCGGCCCCAGGCCUUCAAAGACUACACCAGCGACGACAUGAACGUGGCCCCCGAGGACCGCGUUUGGGUGCGUGGCUGGUUCCCAAUCCUGUUUGAGCUCUCCUGCAUCAUCAACCGCUGCAAGCUAGAUGUGAGGACCAGGGGCCUGACAGUGAUGUUUGAAGUCAUGAAGACCUACGGUCACACUUACGAGAAGCACUGGUGGCAAGACCUGUUUCGGAUCGUCUUCAGAAUAUUCGAUAACAUGAAGCUCCCUGAGCAACAAACUGAGAAAGCCGAAUGGAUGACCACAACUUGCAACCACGCGCUCUACGCAAUCUGCGACGUCUUUACGCAGUACUUUGAGUCGCUCAGCGAUGUUCUCCUAGACGACAUUCUCUCGCAGCUCUACUGGUGUGUGCAGCAAGAUAAUGAGCAGCUGGCACGGUCUGGCACCAACUGCCUGGAGAACGUGGUCAUUCUAAACGGAGAGAAGUUCACACCGGAGACCUGGGACAAAACGUGCAACUGUAUGUUGGACAUCUUUAAAACCACCAUCCCGCACACGUUGCUCACCUGGAGACCUGCGGGUGCUGAAGGAGAGGCAGCUGCACAUCUGGAUGCAUCUGACAAACAGCUGGACUCCAUUUCCCAGAAGUCCUUGGACAUCCAGACACGUGCUGAAGAUCAGCAGUCUAUUGGCAGUGUGGAGAAGAUGUCCCUGGAGAACCGGCGACAGAGCCAAUUCAGCAUUGGCUCAGGCGCCUACGAGGACGGGCCCAGGGCUAGGACCCCGAUGAAGCUCCAGGAGCAGAAGAUCUUUUCAUCUCUCCUCAUCAAAUGCGUGGUGCAGCUGGAGCUCAUCCAGACCAUCGACAAUAUCAUCUUCUUCCCCGCCACCAGCAAGAAGGAGGAUGCGGAGAACUUCGCUGCUGCUCAGAGGGACUCGCUGGACACUGAUGUCCAUGUGGAGACCCAGGACCAGGGUGUGUACCGCUACCUGACCUCAGGGCAGCUUUUCAAGCUGCUGGACUGCUUGCUGGAGUCGCACCGCUUUGCUAAGGCGUUCAACUCCAACAAUGAGCAGAGGACCUCUCUCUGGAAGGCCGGUUUCAAGGGGAAGUCGAAGCCCAACUUACUGAAGCAGGAGACGAGCAGCCUGGCCUGUAGUUUACGCAUACUCUUCCGCAUGUAUAUGGACGAGAGCCGAAAGGCCGACUGGGAGGAGGUGCAGAAGCGGCUGCUCAACGUGUGCAGCGAAGCCAUCGGCUACUUCUUGACCUUGACAUCGGAGAGCCACCGGGAGGCCUGGACCAACCUUCUGCUGCUCUUCCUCACUAAGGUGUUAAAGAUCAGUGACGACAGGUUCAAAGCCCACGCAUCCAGGUACUACCCGCUUCUGUGUGAGAUCAUGCAGUUUGACCUGAUCCCGGAGCUGCGGGCUGUACUGCGCAAGUUCUACCUGCGCAUCGGCAUUGUCUUCAGGAUCUCGCAGCCGGUCAGCCAGGAGCGAGGCUCAGCGGGCCUCUAACGUUCCCAUGAGGGCCCGGAGCGGGAGGCUCUGGACCUGCAGAGGGUCACACGGGCCGGGCCAUAGCCGCAGGGAUGAAGCUGCUAUGGAGGGUCCCCUCUUUUUGAGUCCAUCCUUUACAAUGGUGUGUGAAUGGGGGAAACUCCUGCUGUCGCUGUGCCGGGGAAUUAAAUGAACCCCCGAUCCCUUCCCAACACCCUGCCCCCAAACCCACUGAGCCCCCCUCCCCCGCUCUGGUAGCUCUACAGCAGCAGGCCCCAUUAACGGUACUGGAAGCUUUCUGGGGUCUCCUGCUGAGCACGGACCUGCUGCCAGGAUGCAGACCACCCACAGCAUGGCCAGAAGGGCCUGUUGUUCUCUUUUGAACUACUGGAAGAAGGGCCUCGCCAUGUACAGUAGAAUAAAUACUUCACAGGAUUGUAUUGAUGAUUAUAUUCAUUACAAAUAUUAAAUUACUUUCUAACUUUCUGAAUGUUCGGAAGCCUAGUGUUUGGAAAGAACCUGUGUUCCUUGCCACCUCUUGACAUUGUUACUGCUGUCUGAAGAAUGAAAUGGAUUCAACAAAGAAACAAAUGCGAUCAGUAAUUAGUUAAAGAAGUAAUGUUUUGUGACUUGAUUUCUUUUGCACAGCCAAGGGCUAAUGUAAGCAUCAGCAGCCCUUUGGAUGAAAAUAGUUGUACGGAAACGCGGCUUUGUAAUAUACAUAUAUCUCCUAACACUAGACAUUGUUUCUGCAAUAAUUUUAUUUUGUUUCACUGAAUUUGCUGCACUUGUUUUAUUUACAGAAUGCACUGGGGACUUUAAUGUUUGUGAGAAUGCAUAACUUAACCCUUGCUCAGCUGGGUUGUCCGCUGAGGGCUGUGAUCAGUUUAUAAAAUGCUAACUGAUGAAAAGACUUAGUAAAAUUAUUCCAUUUUAUAUGUACAGAGGCUUUUAUUUAAAUGGGGGAAAACAAAUGUCAGUGACUGGGAUCCUCUUGAAACUGGAACUAAAGAAGAAUAAAUAAACACCUCAAAACUA